AAGACGUGUGGUGGCCAAACACGCCUCUGCCCCUUCUGUACCCUUCACAUCUCCAUUUCGUCGAACACCUUCGCUUCGCCAUGGACGCCGCGUUCUCCGGCCCCGUCUCCUCCCUCCGACCCCUCCCUUUCCUCUCCCCGAACCCUAAUCCCACCAAGGAUCCCCCACUCAACCACCUCCUCCUCCUCCUCAGACCCCAACAACCUCCUCCUUCUCAGACCCCUUCUUCCCUCCUCUCCCUCCCCUCCUUCCCCACCCUCGCCCCCAAACCCAGACCCCCUCCUCCCCCUCCCACCUCCACCCUUCCCUCCUCCGCCUCCGCGCACGGCCCCGUCCACCGCCGCGCCGCCACCGGCUACGCCGCGGCUCUCGCCGACGCCGCGCUCUGCGCCGGCGCGCUCGGCCCCGCCGCGCGCUGCGCGCGGCGCCUCGCGCUCCGCGCCGAGCGGCCCCUACCCGACCCGGCGGCGGCGGCGGCGGAGGAGGAGGAAGGUGGGCUGGAGAGGCACGUGGCGGCGAUGGUGAGGUUGCUGGUGGGGAAGGGGAGGGCGGGGAUGGUGGCGGAGGUGGUGGCGGAGUUUGUGAGGAUCUGCGACGAGCUCGGCGCGACGGAGACGGUGGUGGUGGAGAAGCAAGCGAGGAGGAGGGGAAGGGUGAAGAGGAUCAGCGAGGAGACCAAGAUGAGGCCCAGCCAUCUCUUCGCCGUAUAAUUUUAUUUUAUUUUAUUUUUUUGUAAAAGAAAUCCUUUCUCGACCCCUUAAGGAAAAUACAUGUAAAUUGAAAUGACAUCUCAGUUGAUGUUUGAUAUCCAUUUGGAAAUGGAUAUAUGGUGUCAAAUAUUAUUGUUCACUCGCAAAUUAAGAAAUAUUUUUACCUUCGCAUUCUCGUA